AUAUAAAUGUCAUGUAUCAAGAGUACUUACACAGUUUAUCAGUCAGCAGUAACAGACAAUAUGCGGCUUCUAGUGGUCUUCGCUCUUUGCAUCGCUGCCGUUGCAGCAACGGGAAAUAGAAUUGUUGGUGGCACGGUGACCACUAUUGACCGUUACCCCACCAUAGCCGCUAUGCUGUACGCCCCGAACGCAGUGACAUUCUGGCAGAGCUGUGGUGGUACCAUCCUCAACAACCGAGCUUUGCUCACCGCUGCGCACUGUACCCACAAUCGUGGAGCAGUCAACAGAUUCCGUAUCCGCGUUGGCUCCACCUGGGCUAACAGCGGUGGAGUUGUCCACAACGUUAAUCAGAACAUUAUCCACCCACAAUUCGACAGCAGAACCUUAAACAACGACAUUGCCAUCCUGCGCUCCACUACUACCUUCUCUUUCAAUAACAAUGUUCGCCCCGGUUCCAUCGCUGGAGCCAACUAUAAUCCCGCUGAUAACCAGGCUGUCUGGGCUGCUGGCUGGGGUGACACUUUCUCUGGUUCAAACCAGGGCUCUGAGCAGUUGCGCCACGUUCAGUUGGUCAUCAUUAACCAGAACACUUGCAGAAACAACUACGCUACCCGUCUCACUAUGGUCAACGAGAACAUGAUUUGCGCCGGCUGGCCCUCCGGUGGUCGUGACCAGUGCCAGGGAGACUCCGGCGGUCCUCUCUACCACAACGGCAUCGUUGUUGGUGUCAGCUCUUUCGGUAUUGGAUGCGGUGACGCCUUUUUCCCUGGUGUUAGCGCUCGUGUCUCCCGUUACACAUCUUGGAUCUCCUCCAACGCAUAAGAAGCUAAAAUAAAUAAUUAACGCAAAA